AUGGCCACUGGGAUAUAUUGGUUUGUUGCGGUAUUUGGGUAUAUAGUGCAAACAAAGUGUUUGUCUAUUCUGCAAACGAGGGAUGGAUUGGAGGACAAUGACGAUGAAAAAACGCAUCAGGGGCUGAUGGUGCUUCUUACAUUUAUAUACUUUUCGUCUUGGGUAUUACUGAAGCCCAUAUCGGUGUUCUUUCAUGGUGAGGGAGGUGAUGUGAAGAGUUACCUGGCGGUGCCUCUGGGAUCGACAACAGACGUUGAGUUGCAAUCGUUUUCUGAGGAGCACGAGAAUACAGCAGCGACCGCAGCACCAGUCGGUGCUGCGGUGUCGCCUGGGGGCCGCAAAUUCACGGUGAAAUACGUUGCCAAGCUUCUUACGCUGUCGGUGUUGCUACUGAUACCGAUGCUGAGUUACACCAUGGCGAUCUCAAUGUCACCAGCGUUUGACGUCUCGCUGAUACAGAAUACAUCCAUUUUCGAAAUAACGUCUUUGUUAUAUGGGGUUUGCGGUUUGACGAAGAGAAGAAACCUUCUAAGAAAUUUUGUUGUGAUGAUGGCUGCGUUGUUUGGAAUUUUGAUUGUCUCUUACACGAAGGCUACAUGUGAUUUACUGGCAGGAAAAUUAUCCAUCAACGAGAGUACGGGCGAGUUGAACGAUCCAUUCCUUUUUGAUAGACUGAAGAGUGCGUUAUUGUGCGGAUUGGGAGCCUUGACAAUUGGUCCUUUUGCGGUUUUAUGGAAUAAAUGGUUUAACAACUCAAAAAAUAUUACAUUGACGGAGCAGUGUUCGCAUUUGUCGAAGAUUGGUUUCACCUGCAUGAUUUGUCUAUUGCCUUUGUUCCCCUCAUUAAAGGACGCUAUCUCCUUUGUCUAUAAAGACCAAGCCUUCUGGGGGAUUGCUAUUUCAUCAACAUUAUUAGGCUCGCUACCUGCAGUUUUAUCACUUCUGCAAAUUAACAGGAGGACAAACGCUGAAUAUGCAACUACCAUAAAUUUGGGAAAUAUUAUAUUCAUGGGCAUUUCAGACUGGAUUUUUGAACCAAAACAAACUACAAUUAUCAGAUGGGAAGUUAUUGGUUACGUCAUUUUAAGUUUAUGUUGCAUUAUUUUAUCGAUGGUUUAUUAUAAUAAAAAGAAUUGA